AUGUCUAACGAGCAAUAUAUAGAGUUGGUGGGACAACUUUCAAGGUACAAUGAAUUGCUAGAUGCCCUGCAAUUGAACUUCAACGAAGGAUUUUAUAAUCUAGCAAGAGCAAAUUUUCAUAAUAAAGAUAGUUUGAGAGGCAAGUACGGUAAGGAUUACUAUGAUGAGUCCUACAAGGGACAGUAUGAGAUCAAAAUCGAUGAAGAAGUGAAGUAUGAAGUUGUUAAGAGGGAGUCACUUCCGUUUCAAGAGUCAGAUGAUGAAGAUGAAGAUGGAAACGACAAGGUUAGAUCAAGAAAGAUGAAAAAUCCAGAAAAGACUAUUAAAAAGACAGAUAAUUAUGACCCUAUCUUGAUGUUUGGGGGAGGAAUUUCGAUACCAGCAAGUUUAAGAAAUUGUCAGAAAAACUUCAAGAAUAAUCUCAUUCUGAUCAUAGAAAUGAUUAAUCUAAAAAAUGACAUUGAUGCUCAAUUAAAAUGUAUAUAUACCCAAAACCCUCUAUAA